AUGAAGAUGACUGAUGAUGCCAAAUUGAAUCCCAUAAAUCUCACCAACGACAUCGUCCCACGUGUCAUGCCAUAUCUUUAUAACUCUGCUAAGACGUAUGGUAAAGAUGUAGGAAAUUCGUUGACAGAGUUGCUACUAAGUGGGCUGGCAGAUGUUGAAGCUGAUCAAUGGGCAAAACAUAGAAAGAUUAUGAAUCAUGCAUUCCAUGUGGAAAAGCUUAAGCAUAUGGUACCGGCCUUUUACAUUAGUUGCAGUAAUAUGAUCAACAAAUGGGAAGUAUUAACAAAAGAAAGAUCAUGUGCAGUGGAUUUAGUUAUGAAGGGUUUACAAUCGUUGUAUAUUCCAGGAUCCCAGGAGGAGCGAAAACGCCAUUUUUGUUUCCGUGAUGAUGAUUCCGUGGGGUGUCAGCCAGGAUCACAUGUGGCAAUAUUGCGUCCCUCGAGGUUAACUGCAUCUAUUUAUCCCAGGGCAUGGAAUGUUUCAUUCACGCGCCAAAGAGGGAGCCUCUGUUUUAGGGUCCUGUGGCUAUACGGAUGGCUAAAAGAGUGAUUAGCCAUGGUUCAGAAAUGGAGACCAGGUCUGAUUUGGAAUUGGAAGACGAAUGCUAUGAAGAGAUAUUGGUCACAGGUGAUAGGUUAGAAGGGUUGAAUGCAUUUUCUGAGAAGCGAAAACCAUUGUACAAAGGCGGAUGAAAUUAACGUACUAUGGGCAGAUGGUUGUCUUACUUUAACAUGGAGUUGUAGGGAGAGAACUUGGUCAUUUCAAUAACUAGGAGGGGAAGUGAUGAUGGCAGGAAAGGAUAUAGGGGUAAAUUAGUCAUUUGAGGAUAGGAAGGGUUUUUUGUAACUAGGAUGGGAGGUGAUGAUGGCAGGGAGGAAAUAGAGGUAAAUUGGUCGUUUCAGGAUCACCGAUUGUAUUAUUGCUUUUGUAACUUAGGAUUAGACUUUUAAUUCUUAUACAAUUGAUUAAAAUUCAAUUUUUUUUAACUAUCUUUGUCACCCAUAAUAGCAACAUACUUACAUUUCGAUACCAAUAUCAGCAAUGGUCAUCAAAUCACCAACAAUAUACUAAGC